AUGCCUGCAAAAUAUUCACUUGACAAACAGAUGCUACUGAGAUUUUUGAGCGCUGAACUGAUAUUAACAGAUCCUGCAAAUGGGUUUAAAGGAAUGAUUGGCAAGGUAGAGGAGCUGAUGAAGACUAUACCAAAUUCUCAUUGUCUUAAUCAAGUCACCAAUCCAGCAAACCCAGAUGCACACUUCAAAUGGACUGGACCCGAGAUAUGGAAGGACACAGCAGGCAAAGUGGAUAUGUUUGUGGCCGCUGUUGGCUCAGGAGGCACACUGACAGGUGUAGGAAAGUACCUGAAGAUGAAAAAUCCAUCCAUAAAGAUAGUGUGUGUGGAACCUUCAGAAAGCGCUGUAAUUUCAGGAGGCUCACUGGGGUCACACAAGAUUCAGGGCACGGGGCCAGGGUUCAUACCGGAGGUUCUCGACACGUCGGUCAUCGACGAGGUCGUGACGGUGAGCACGGAGGAGGCCAUGGUGAUGGCGAGGAGGCUGGCGAGGGAGGAGGGCCUGCUUGUCGGCAUAUCCUCGGGUGCAAACGUCGCUGCUUGCAUCAAGAUUGCGGCGAGAGAAGGGAACGAGGGCAAGAUGAUUGUUACCAUAUUCCCCAGCGCUGGCGAGAGAUACAUGAACUCUGAUCUCUUUGCGCUUGUUAGGGAGGAAUGUGAGAAUAUGACUUUUUGA